GCUGUUUGGCAGAACCAGACAGAUCGGAUGAGGGCUUUUUGCGGAUCGACUGAAAGCAAAAUGUGUCAUGUCAUGCUUGGUAGUGUGAUCCGGUUGCAAGUCCGUCCAGUAUGCCAUCACUUGAAAGGGGACGCCGGUUCUAUUCAUUCUUAUUUCUAAGUUCUUACGCUUGUCGCCUGCCAGCACCCCGUUUCCAAUUGUUAGGGCGGAGACACGACGAUCUCCCAAUGUGUACAGAUCUCUGGUUACGUCGUGUUGUUCCAAAAUAAUUUCCUCGACCAGGAGGGUUUGCAAAUGGAGGAGGAAAUAAGUGUAUUUCUCUAAACAAUAACAGCAGGUGGAGAUAGAGAAAUGUCAGAGGCACUUUACGAAAAGUUCCUCGCUCCUGAGGAGCCAUUUCCACUUCUGUCGCAGCGAGGAAACAUCAGUGAGGCCGGCACGUUGGAUGUCAGUGACUUUGGCUGUCAGUUGUCCUCUUGUCACCGGACAGACCCCCUUCGGCGCUUCCAUAGUAACAGAUGGAACCUGACUUCUUGUGGAACCAGUGUGGCCAGCUCAGAAUGCAGCGAGGAGCUGUUCUCUUCUGUGUCCGUGGGAGACCAGGAGGACUGCUACUCCCUGUUAGAUGACCAGGAGUUCACCUCCUUUGACCUGUUCCCAGAGGGCAGCGUCUGCAGUGACGUGUCCUCCAUCAGCACCUACUGGGACUGGUCAGACAGUGAAUUUGAGUGGCAGUUGCCUGGAAGUGAUAUAGCAAGUGGAAGUGAUGUUCUCUCUGACAUCAUACCCAGUGUACCCAGCUCCCCAUGCCUUUCCUCCAAGAGAAAGACCAAACCACAUAGAAAUCUGGAUGAGCUCCCCUGGAGUGCAAUGACCAAUGAUGAACAGGUGGAAUAUAUUGAAUAUCUGAGCAGAAAGGUCAGCACAGAGAUGGGACUAAGAGAGCAGUUGGACAUCAUCAAGAUCAUAGACCCAUGUGCUCAGAUAUCCCCAACAGACAGCGAGUUCAUUAUCGAGCUCAACUGCCUAACCGAUGAGAAACUGAAACAGGUGAGGAAUUACAUCCGGGAGCACAGCCCACGGCAGCGCCCGAGCAGCACCCGGGACGGCUGGAAGAGGAGUGGCCCCAGCAGUGCCAGCACCAGCGGGGUGAGCGGGGCUAGCAGCAGCAACGCCAGCAUGGUCAGCAGCGCCAGCAGCUCCACCGGAUCCACGGGCUCCGUCGGCAACUCUGCCUCCAACUGCAGCACCGCCAACAUCAGCCGCGCCCACAGCGACGGGAACCUGUCCAGUGCCGCCGAGCGCAUCCGCGACUCCAAGAAACGCUCCAAGCAGAGGAAGCUGCAGCAGAAAGCCCUGCGUAAGAGACAGCUGAAGGAGCAGAGACAGGCCCGCAAGGAGAGACUGAGUGGCCUGUUCCUCAACGAGGAGGUGCUGUCACUCAAAGUCACAGAGGAGGAAGACCGUGGAGAAGACGUUGUUGAUGUCUUAAUGUGACAAGAGUGAAUGAGUCAGUGUUCCCUCUAAGCCUCGCAGCAUUAUUCUAACAUCACCGGUGGUCCCGUCUCUUAUGUCCAUACAACUGGGCUGCCAACAGUCUUAAAACUGAUUUACCUUCUUUUUUUUUUGGAGAUAAUCCAUUGGUCUUUUGGUCUCCUACAGAGUUUUAUUUCUCUUGAUGUGUAAGCAUUGGCAUUAUGAUUCUGCUGAACAAAAAGCACUGAGCACUAAUAUUGAAUUAGAGUAUUUAAGUGUAGUUACCAAAUCUAUCUUAAGAAUCAACUUUCUAAUUAUAAGUCAUUCAUUUGUUCUUGAAGGCAUAGAGGGAACACUGAAUCACUGCAUGCUAAGUCAUCACCAUUGGUUUUAUGGUGAAUUAACAGCUGACAUGAAUUACAAAUGCUUAUAAAUAUUGAAAUGGCUUCUUAAUGUUUUUUUUGUAGAUAGCUGCAGUUAAUCAUUAAGAGCAGUUCAAGUCAAGUGUCCCCCUUAAGGUAAAUGAAGGCCUACACAUCCAUAAACGCAACUUGGUAAUGGAGUUAUGUGGUAAUGCAGAGUUGGCCUCCAUCAGAUUCAUAGAAGAUAAAUAUUGAAUCCUUAAUUGUCACAAGUUGGAUUUAAUAAGCCACAGAAAUCUAUCCUUGUUUUUCUUUGUUUCCUUGUGUUGUUUUUGUGUGUGAGGGCUUGGGUGGAAGAUGAAAUGUAAAAUAAUGCAGUCGUCCAUUGCAUUGCGCCUGAGAUAUAUUUGUAUGUUAAAUGACAUUGAUCUGUAGUAUGAGUGCAUUUGAAUGGGAAGGUAUUUCUUAACAUCUUGGCUUGUUCUCCUUGGAUAUUGUGGUUGACCCAAUGCUGUGUAACUAUUUACUCUUUCACCUGGAACUCUAAACACUAACUGCUGUAAAUUAGAAAUUGUAUUUACCUAAAGAAGCUUUAUCAUCUGUAUACUUCGCUUUGUCUUUUUCUUGUAUAAAGUUACACAUUUAAGUAAUUAUUAAAAAAACAUGGAUCAACUAGAUAUUAUGAGUAGAUCUUUAUUUUGAAUGACAAAAAUGAAUAGCCAUGAAACAACCUGUGUCUGUAUAUAUUAUGCUAUUCAAUCGGGAGGGUUACUGGGCCAAGAGGAAGUAUUAAUUGCUGCAUUCCAGGAAGUCCAAUUUCAAGUUCUAUAUGCCACAACAAUGUUGUGUUUUAUUGACAUUAAAAAGCAUAACGGAAUGCAGUUGUUUCUCUGUGAUCUACUCAAUUGUAAUGUAAUGCAAAAUGAUAAAUAAAUUGCUGUCAAUGCA